AUUAUGGAUGCAGUCUAAGAACAUGGCUGACGAAGAUGCAAUUGUUUUGAGUUUUGGAGACAGCUUGUUGCGGAAAUCUGACAUGAAUUUGCUCAUGGAACCGAAUUGGAUAAAUGAUAAAUUAAUUGGCUUUUGCUUUGAGUAAGUUUGCUUUAAAGAGCAUCUUUAAAUUUGGAGAUUUUACAUGUAACAUGUACCCCAUCUACGAAAGCUUGGGAGUGUUUAUAUUUUUCGUGACUUAUGCCCUCUACAAAUAUUGCUUACGAAGACGGUAUCGAGUUUCUUAUUUGCGAAUUGUCCACAGUGUAUUUUUGCAUUUAUGGAACAGAAAAUGACAUAUCUCAUAUAUCCACUAAAAAGCUACCGUAAUAUAAAUUUUGGCUUUUACUAUUUUCAACCAAUUUUAGUGACUUAAUAUUUAAUAAUUAAUAUAUAAUAAUAUAGUAUAUAGGGCCUAUAAUAAUAUAUAUAAUUUAUAUUAUAAUAUAAUUAUGUCAGUGUAGCCUACCUACUACUACUGAAUACUGGUAUUUUUAAUUUUUUAGUAUUGUUAAGUUAGUGUACCUGCUCAGUUCUAGUAAGGACAAUAAGCUUAUUUAUAAUUUAAUUUAGGUCUAAAUAAAUAAAUAUAACUUUUUCAGUUUUGAAAAGCCUCACAAUUUUUGGCAAUCCCAGAAGUCCAGUCCCAAAUUAUUUUGAUUGAAAAAAAUUGCAAUGCACAGUGUGUAUUGUAAGGAAACAGCAGAAAUGUCAGUCAUAGUAGUCAUAGUCAUAGCUUUUGCAAAUAACUGUCACUUUACAAACCAGUCAGUAAAUACUAAAUAUUGUAAUUGGCGCAUAGCAUUUGCAAAAAACAGCAUAAAACAUUCUGCUUGUGACUGUUGCGCCACUGGAAGACCCCCAAUUAGCUGGCAAACAGACGGCAACUAGGACUACUCUGAUAGCGGAGUUUGCGUUUCACAUGCAUCCAAAGGCUUUCAAUAGUUUCUGUGAGAAUGUCCUGGUCUACUGGAUCAACAAAUUCACGCGCGCGCACAAUGACAGCGUGAGCAUAAAUCCCGUCGUUGAGCUGACCGACAUUUUUAUAUCCUCGCCAAGCGUCCAUAAUGAUAGUUGUCCCUGGUAACAUAUGAUUAGUGAUAAAGCGCUCGAUUUUAACAUAAUUUGCCAUAAUUUAACAAAUUUUUUGAAAUAUAUACACAAAUAUGAAUUUCAAAACAAAAUAAUGCCUAAGACUUUUAAGUAAGGAGUAAUCAUUGGAAAUAAAUUGGGACCGGACUUCGGAGGCUUGUCCAAUUUUUUUUUUUAUUAAUGUAGUAUUAUUAUUAGUAUAUGACCUAUUACUAUUAUGAUAGCAAGCUAAUUUUUCUUUAUCUUAUGAUUAUGAUAAUUUGUAUAUCAUAUGAUUAACUUUUUCUUUAUGUUAUAAAUAUGAUUAACUUUAUCUUGUGAAAAUGAUUAUUUUUAACAAUUGUCAUUUAUUUUUGUGAUAAAACUCCAUCAUGGAAUUAUUCCAUGCCAUCUGCUUAUCAAUAGAGUUAUAUUUUAUUGGUGUGAUAUUAAAUAGAAAUAUAAUUAAGUAAUUAAUAAUGUUUACAAUAAAAUUCAGAGAACUGUAAUUGAAGCUAAUUGAACUCAAAUAAUGUUAUAAUUAAGCCAAUCAAGACUAUAAAGUAGAUGUAAAUUUAUUGCAAUCUGUGCCAUGAUGUUUCCCACUGCAGUAUCUUGGUUGCCAUGACACGUCUGCUAAAAUGGGGAGGGGAAAGGGAGAGAAUGUGCUGGUUUAGCUAUUUACUGAGAGGAACGAAAAUAGGAAAAAAACGUUAAAAUUUAAUUAAAUAAUUUCAGCAGGUACUUAAAUUUCAUAGCGAGCGAAGCUACUUAAUUGUAUUCCUCUAGAUAUGCUGCAAGAAGUGUCAACUACCUGUGCUCGCCCCCUUUCCUCGUGUAAUUGCUGUCGGUACAUGCUCCUUUUCUUCAACUUUAACACAUAUGCAGCUACAGUUACACACUAUGGUAAGAAAAUUGUAAACAAAAAAAAUGAAGAAAAGCAAAACAACAUAAUUUGAAAAUAAUGAAAACCCAACUCACAUUUUCAUAGAGUAAACUUUUACUCACUUUAUUUCAGGUUCCAACAAAGAGAAAAUUCAAAAGUUGUCAGAAAGUCAAUACAAUACAAUACAAUGCUAUAACCAUAUUCCAAAGUGCUAGAAAAUUUAAUUAUAAUUAACCAGCCAAUGAAAUUUUAAUAAUAACACAACUAUAAACAAAAGGGAGAGAAUCCUACACAGACACAACUCAUGGCACAGAUUGCAGAAAUUGACCAAAGUGGAUUUUGAUUAUGUUUUUAGUUAGGUACCGGUACUAAGAUACUUGAUCGCACAUCCGUUCUGCACUUAUCAAAAAAUGACUCAGAAACUUUUGUGGCCAUUUUUUUUUUUUUUGCUGCAUGGUAGAUUUUGUGACCUGCAACACAUUUACACUGAUAUAUCGGUAUGUACUUAAAAGCUUACUAUUAAAUCCUUUAUAUAAACUUCACUUUUGUUCUUGGGUGGCUGGGUGGCAAGCAAAAUCUUAGGACCGUUAAUUGGCCUACUUCAGCUAUUGAGCUGAAACUUUGCACAUAGACUCGUUACCGAUGACAACACAUUCUUUCAAAUUUCCAGCCUCAGCCUCCAACCCCAACCUCAAAAAAUCAGUUUUUCAAGUAGAACAUGAAGGAAAAUUCCAGAUGAUUGCGCUAAAUGAGAUUCUUUCCAAAAAAAUCGCAAUUGUUCUUAAUGCGUAAUAUUUUCUUUUGUUUUUCUGAAAUAGUUGGUGAAGUAAAUCUGCAGUGUAAAAGCGGGUGGGUCAUUAGAAUAUUAUUGCAGUUUUGUCAAAUAUUCAGCCCCACCCCUCAAUGCUAAUUGUGACAUUUUAUAAAGGAUUUAUACAAAAAUCUUUGUGUUUUUAGGAGUUAAUUUUUUAAUGUUAAAUGAUAAGAUAUAGUAGUUUACUGUAAUACUGCUUCAAUUAUUCACAAAUGGGAAUAAUUUAAUUUUUUUUAAAAUAUCAGUUUACCCAAAAAUGUCAUGCGUUUAACUCAGAAAGGUGUAAGAAAAUGAAAAGGUCAGUUGUCACCAGUCACUCUGAAAAAAACUUUGGGUUGUCUGAAAUAGCUCUUCUUAUCAAUUUAAUAAAAAUCUGUGGAACACUAAUCAGUUAAUGAAUGGGAACCAGUUUUAUAAUACAAUUAGAAAUUAAUACAACCCAAUAAAUAAAAUAGUUUUUAGUAAUUUUAGUUAAUGCAGUCGGGUGAAUUUUGGACUUGUUUUGUCCAUAAAUUUCUUGAAAUAAUUAUAUGUAUAGGCCUAAUUAUUACCGUUAUUUAUUAAUUAUAAUUAAUAAAAUAAUAACACAAUAAUAAGCAAUGUGAUUACUGUUAAUAAUACUCUUAUUAAUUAUUAUUCCAAUAAAGUAGGCUAAGCAUACUGGUGCACUUAUAAAUCUUUACUUAAUAUUAUGUAUUUUUGUUAAAAUUGUUUUACUCUAUGACUUGUUUAAAAUUAGGUAAUAUAUAAAUUAGCCCAUACAUUUUUUAUUAAAAGACAUCAAAUGAGUAAAUUAGACUCAACAUUGUCACGGUAAUUAUAUGUUUUUAAGGACAUAGUAUAUAGGCAUAGGAGAAACAGUUUACAUCAACAAAUAUUUAAAAUUUAUAUGAAAAAAAUAACAAAAAGCAAUACGUUUUAAUAAACACAUGGCUUGAAAAUAUUAAAAAUAAACUAGAAAUUUUAUAGAUUCAGGAUUGUGAUUAGAUUUUAUUUCUAGACUUCUUUCAGGAACAAGAGAAAGUUUAAUUUUCUGUUGCAGAACUCGUAAUUGUUUCCAUUGCCAAUUAGGCAUAUUUGGAUUUGUAUGGCAGACAAAGUUUAGGAAGGAGAGAUUAUGAGAUUCAUUAGCAAGACAAAAAAAGUCGGUAGAUCAGUGUACCUAGAAAAUGACAGACUGAACAUCCUCAUUACCUUUUCAUCACAUACUGAUAUCCUCUUACUCUUAUUUAAUACUAGUCUUAUCAGGGAUUUUAUUUUCUAUUGUAAUUAAUCAUUUCACGCAUUCAGUUUUAUAUUUUUUAAAAAGACUUCUACUUACUUUUUAAAAAUAUUAGCAUUGGAUUAAUAGAACCAUAUUAAAUUAAAAUACACAUAAAUGUGUGGGGGUUUUUUUUGGGGGGGGAGGGUGGGGUUGCCCCUGAAAGUAAUAAUUUUUAUUUUCAUGUUUUCUUAAACUACUCACAAAUAAAAUUAUUGAAUAUAGAAGGUCUUCAUGUUACAUUCAAGUUUUGUUAUUUGUUGUGUUGUACGCUGCUUUGAAAAUGUCUCUUGAAAACUGUUUAACAUUAUCUUUUAAAAGGUUGUGGGAAAAAUAAGGCAAACAUUUGGAAAGUUGAUUAUAAGUUUUUGCAGUUAAAUACAGAGAGAAAAAAAGGGCUGUAAAACAUUCACACGCAAACUCAUAACUCUACUUCUAUAAAAGCUAGAAAUAUGAAAUUGAUAUUUUUAUAAAAGUUAGCCUUUAAAAUGAUUCAUCUUUUAUUUAUUAUUUAGCAAUAACAAAAUAUUUAAAGUUUAUGUCAAAUCACCUAUUUUAUUGAAAAUAUUUUUUUACUUUAAUUAUCUUUUCCAAAUUUAACUAUUGUAAUUGACACGUUUAGAUUUUUCACAUUUAAAUGAAAAGAUAAAUUAAUUAUUUAGUACAUUUUGAGAUAUUGUGACAUUUGAGUUUUAAAUUAUUUUUUUUUAUAAUAUCCAGCCAGUGCAUUUCAGCAAGUCUAUAAAUGUUUCUUUCAAAUACUGGUAUUAAAGGCAUUGUUUUCCAAAAGGAUGAUAAGAAAUUUCCAUUUACUUAUUCAGCACUUUUGGAUAUGCAAUCAGUUUUGCCACUGGGCUUGAUCAUAUUGACUGAUCAUUGUGUUAAAUUGAAAAAUUUGGACAUAAAUUAUGCGCUUUAUUUACUCCUUUUAAUCAUUUAUUAAUAUUGUUUUUGAUGCCUUAUUGUAUUAUUGAAUCAUGAAAGAAAUAAUCAUCAAAGAAACCAUUUCUCUUUUAAGACAUAAGUCACAUAUUGUUAAAUAACAUGAGUCAUCUAUUUAUAAUCAAUACUGAAAAUUACACUAUCAACUACAGGACAAUGCACUCAAAAAUAAAAGCCCAGAGUCAGAGCAUUUUCUAGGGAUUUGUAUCUAGAGAAGUUUAAAAACUAAGGUGGAGAAAGAUUAUCUGGGGUGGAAGGCUCACACCGCCGACAAGGGUUCAGCUAAGCUCAAGGAUUGAGCAGUAAGAUUCAAAUAUAGUUUUAUCAACAAAUAAAGUAGUCUAUUUUCAUCAAGGACUUGAGUGACUGAUUUGCAACCCACACCUAGGCUCAAAGAUGAUAAUAUCACUUCCCACCAAAUAUGAUCAUGAUGUUCGUUAUGCAACAAGAAGCUUCUGUACUACUGGCCACAAUUUACAAAAAAAGCUAUAGUCAGUUUCCCUAUUUUGGAUACUAAUUUUGGUCAGAUUUAUUCAAUAUCAUUUUGUAUCUGAUUGUCUAUUAUUCCAUUGCAUACAUUCCUCUGUAUGUGAAAAUGCUCAAAUUGGCCAGACAACACUAUAGUUUGUGGCUGGAUUGACCACUCUGAAAAGUAUACUAAAAAAUAACUUAAUUUUAAAGUAAAAGACUCUUCAAUAAAGUUUUCUUUAAAGAAAUAUAAAUUCAGGCCACCUUAAGAUGUGAUCCACAAAUAUAAUUCUAAUAUUUUUUUUUUUACAGCAAAGCUCAAAAUGUUGAUAAUUUAAAAAAUGAAAACUUGAAGUAAUGAAAGGGUUAAUCUUAAACACCAAAAUAAAAUGGACAAUAUAAUAUUUAAUGUAAUAUACAUUGCAAAUUUUUAAAGGACAUUUAGCACUAUGCAAGAGUUUAAUACUAUUAUUUUUCUUUCUGUUAGUGUAUUCAAGCUAUGAAAUUUAUAAAGUUGUCAAAUGUAAAAAUACUAUAUCAUAAUUGAGUAGGCCUUUUUCAUUUAAUAUAAUGAUACUUUGGAAUAUUGGAUUCUUAUAUGACGUGUAAACUUUUGGCUAGUACAGAUGUCUUGAUUUAGGAAAACCUAACUUCUAUCAGUAAUAUAGCACUUCCGCAUCUACGAUUUUUUUCCACAACACAAAGAACUACAGACACUUAAGUUUUAUCUUUUUUCCAUUUCUUUUCUGUUUCUUUUUUUGUCUGCUGAAGAAGGCUUAUAACUUAUAUCAGAAAUAUUAUCUUUUUAUUGUCCUGUUCCUUCAUUUCAAGCUCCAACAUAGCUAGUUCCACUAUUUACUUUGAUUUGAUUGCAGAUUCACAGAACCCCAUUUUCACCUUUCUAACCACAUUGUGUUGCAAUAUGGUACAGUUGUAAAAUUAGUUGGGCAUGGGCAAAUAAUAGUAGUGUGUUCAUGUCUUAUCAGUGAUCUAAUUAGAAAUUUAUCUUAAAGAUAGUUACCCUCUUCAGCUAAGGAACUAGGAUUACUUUCAACUUAGAGGAAAGGGAAUUAAGGUUAUUCAUAUAACAUAUCUUGUCAGUACAAGGAUGCUAUCUGCUUAAUAUUUAGCAUCAUGUUAUCUGUUGUAUAGAACAAUAUAACGUCCUAAUCUUAAGGCUUGUAGGGCAAAGUACAUCUUUGUAUAUUAUUAUUUGAACUGUUGUUAAUGGUUUACAAACUGUGAUGCAUGAAACUGAUUCAUCUCCAUUCAACAAAAGCUUAUAAUAAUAAAAAAAAUAGAAUGUCUUUGAGGGUGUGUUAUCAAUCAAAAUUUAAAGAAGAAUAAUGAAAUUAUUCAAUUCAUCAUUCAUGCCUCUUAUCUAAAUUAUAGCUAUUGAAAAUCAGCAGGUAUGCAUAGUUUGUGGUUAUGAAGAUUUUUAGUGGUUUUUAUUGGUUUUUAGUACUUAAUCGCAUUAGUAUUAGCCAUUUUGAAUGGGGGGGGGGGGUAUUAUGAUAAGAUAGAUGUAACUUUUUAAAAACAUAAAUGUGCACUUUUUAGUGGGAGGUAGAGAAGAAAUAAAAAAUAAAUUUUUAAAAAAUACUUUCUAUCAAAGAUGAGUUUAUGUGUACUAAAAAAGUAGAACAAUUUCUUAAAUGGCAUUAUGCAAAUAUUUUGUUUUUUUCUACUUUUUAGUAUCAAAAUUUUAAUCUUUAAAUUGUCAACAAAAGUAGCAUUAUUUCCUUUUGUCAAACAUAACAUACCGGUACUUACAAAAUCUCGGUUAUAGUGACUUAACGCUUUAUCUAGGCAUAAACUAAAAACUAGAUCUGAGCUCACCCACCCAAUGUUUACUCAGCAAGGCAGACGCAGUCAACCAUGAAAAUUUGAGGUUUUUUUUCCAGCAGUUCACCAGGUGAACACUGCACGAGAAAGUCUUAAAAUAUCAUGUGUAUAAAAAAAAAUGUUACGCUCCACACACAAAAUUAAGCUCCACACGAUGGAAAUUGAGUAGGGAAAUUCUUUAAAAAGUAGCCCUUGUGUCAAGAAAAUUGAUUAGAUUAGUUGACUUCAACAAUCAUGUUUUCUCGAUUAAAAUUUUAAUCUUAAAAAUUGACAUUAUUUUAACAAAUGUAAUGAGUGUAAAUUAAAAUUGUUAAAUAAUUUUUAGGCUUUUAACUGUAUAAUGUGUGUCUGUUAGUGCAUUGCUGAUGGCUGGUCAGAAUGUUAAUGCAAGAGUUGUCAAAAUUUGGCCUCCCUUCGUCUGUAGAUUCUGUUUGUGGCAAAUGACUAGGGCGGUAGGUUUGCGAUCAUGUUGCAGCUAUACUGACAAUAAUCAUAUUUAUACUUCCACAAACAAUGAUAAUUAGUCUUUAACAACAUUUUCAUUGAUUCUGGAUUAUAAAAUUUAAGUAUAAAAUUUUUUUAACUUGUUGAUUAACAAGCUAAAGAUGUAAUAAAAUGUUUUUCCCUACAAUUUUGUGUUAUUACAAUAGAUCAGCACUAAGUAAAAUGUAUUUAUAUAUUUAUUUAUAUUAUAAUUAUAUUUUUUUUUGUGGGGGUGGGGUUAUAAAAAUGUUGACAUGAUUUCGGGGAUGUGGGGUUGCUGAAAGUUUGACAGUUGUUAAUGAUUGGGGGGGGGGGGGGGGGUUAAAAAUUGUAUACAUAAUUAAUGGACGCCCCCUUAACCAACGUUUGUGCAAAUAAUCAAUUAAAAAAACAAGUUUGUGCUUGAAAAUAUUAAACUGAACAUCAAGGCAGAAGGGAUUUAUUAGGGCUUGUGCACUCUUACUCCAUUUUUAUGUGAGGAAAACAAGAAGAUAAACAAGAACUGAUAAUUAUAUGUUAAGGUGCAUCCCUCUAUGAUUGUGACACCAAUGCUACUUUUCUAAGCCCGCAACAAUUUGUUCUCGACAAUUUUAUGUUUUGGUAGCCUAAUGUAGAAAUCAAUAGGGCAAAUGCUAAAUUAUUGUCUUCAAAUGACCAUUUGCAGCUUAAAGCCAUUUAAGCUGUUAUGUUUUCCUUCUAAACAUAUUUUAUAGGUCAGAAGCACAUUUGUAAGGAUGAGUUUAAUCUGCCAAACAACAAACCCGGUUUGAAAGCUAAAUCAAUAUUGCAGUUGGCUGACUUAAUGUGUGUUCUCCUUACUGUGCCUAGGCCACCAAGUCAAUACUCUCUUACUUGUUGUACUUGGACAUUGUUCUUUCUUUCCAACCCAACUGCUACCCAUGGUUGUAUAGCCCCCCUCCGACAUAUAAAAUCUAGACCGAAAGAUAAGGAAUAGAAAACAUAUGUUGCAUCAGCUUACUCCACAGUGUUUGAUGGGUUGCCAACUGAUUAUUAAACCCCUUUAUUAUUGCAUCAUUAUCAAGCGCAUGAGCUUAGAAAGAAGAAAACAAUACUUAUCAUUGUUUUACUAUUGCAUUAAUUUUUUAAAAAUUUCUUGGUCAGAGGAUAAACAGUAAAAUAGUAUUUAAAUUUCUUUAAUUAAUUCUUUUUUUUUUCAUUUGUAAUUGAACUUCAGAACGUUGUUAGCAACACCAACUAGGUCAACAUAUGUUUACACCAUUAAUGAAAUUGAGGCUAAAUAUCUGAGACUGUUAAAUCUUAAAAUAUUUAUAUUUUUAGUAUGCCUUAUUUUUUUUCUUUUUUUUUUUCCAAUGCAGCCUUACAUUUAGCAAGAGGACACAACCCUUUAAAAAAAUGUAUUUGAGCAUAUGAACAAAAAUUUGUUGGUUAACAAAAAUAUCAGUGGGGGUGGGGUUUUUUUUAAGCUACUUGGCUCUACAAAAGGGUUACAGAUGUGUUAUUAACUUUUUUCUUUGGUACUGAUAUAUAUAGUGAAAAGGAGAUAACAUUCUGUUGGUGGUUGAAAACUGUAACCACUAAAUAGUUUGAGUAAGAAGAUGUUAUCAAUUAUAUGUCAUAGUUCAUCAAACAUGUGUUUCAACAAGACAACCUCUUUUCAUACCACUAUAAGUCAUUGACAUUCUAUUUGGUUGCUAAAUAACUGUAAUUAGCAAACAUUUUAUAUUCCAAUUUUGAUCUUUUUACAGAUACUAUGAAAGGGAGCAGUUUAACCACUCAGCCGAUAGAAUUGCCCUCAUAAGUCCUUCAGUAGCUCAGCUCAUGAGAUUUGCCUCAGGUACUUAACGCUCUGAGUCUCUUGUUCAUGUCAUAGAUAAGCUGUCAUAGUUUUGCUUUUAACUUAGUUAUUACAUGAGCUUAGGUUGACUGGCUUAUAUGUGAGUGACUGAAUGAUAAUAUGAGAAUGGGUUGACUGGCUUGUGUGUGAGUGACUGAAUGAUAAUAUGAGAAUGGGUUGACUGGCUUAUAUGCAACUGAGUAAUUACAUUAUAAUGGGUUGACUUUGGUAUACUUUGAAUUUAAAUAUGAUGUGUCUUUUUUUUAAAGAAGAGUUUGCUUGAGAUAUUUAAUGCAGCUAUUCAAACUUUUAAGUAAUGAGCAUUUAAGUAUUAGAUCAUGUUGCCCCAAAACAAAACAAAGUUGAAAAAGUAAGGGAAGACAAAUAUUUUCUUUAAAAAAUUGUGUUAUUUUUGUUUGCGAAUUGAUCUUUUGACACAGUUUAUAGCUAUUGUAAAGAAUUCGGUCAUCUAACUUUUAUUUGGCUCAUCUAUACUCUAAAUCUAUACAAAAAUAAGUGUCUAUCAGGCAUGCAUGCUUAACACGCUCCUAUAUCGUAGCGAAGUGUGGACCACAUAUACCAGCCAGGAGCGGAAACUCAACAGCUUCCAUCAAAGAUGUCUACGUCGCAUUUUCCGCAUUCGUUGGCAGGACAGGGUGUCUAACGUGGAGGUUUUGGAAUGUGCACACGUUUAGCAUAUUCUCCUUUCUCAUCAAGAGGCGCCUUCGCUGGUUAGGUCAUGUACGGAGAAUGGAGGAAGGAUGUAUCCCAAAGAUUCUGCUGUAUGGAGAGUUGGCAGAAGAGACAAGACAUAUUGGACGACCGCGCCUGAGAUUUAUUGACGUUUGCAAACGAAGCAUGAGGGAAGCCAAUAUUGAAACAAACGAAUGGGAGUUCAUUGCCGAACAUCGCUGCAACUGGCGAACACCGCUGUUUGAAGGAGUAAUAAAGGCAGAAGAUACUCGAAACGAGGCCCUUGAAUCAAAAAGAACAAUUCGGAAAUCAAGAAUUUACCGGCAUUCAAUAUUCUCCUGCGAGAGAUGCGGCCGUGAUUGUCAUUCUAGGAUCGGCCUAGUGAGCCACUCGUCAAAGUGUAGAACGAUAUAGCUACUACAUCGUCUCACGAAGACGGAAGGAUGCCAUACAUACAUACAUAUACUCUAAUAUCCAUGGCCUGAACUGACAGGAGUAUGAAAAGGAGGUCUUCACUCUACACAUUUGUUCCUGACUUUUUCAGUUUACAUCUUCAAUGUAUUUCCCUCCUUUUUCACCCAAUCCUUGAUCCAGAAGGAUAUUUCACAAAAUUAUGGCUUCAUAAAAGUUGUGCAGUUAUAGAACAAAUUUAUACAACUAACUUUGCAUGUGUAGCAAUAAUUAGUUUUCAGUUGACACAUGAAAUCACUUGAAAAUGAACAUGCGUCAAUUUUUUCUCUAACACAAAAUAUAAUCUUUGUACACCUUAAUUAUACAGCAGUUUUUACUAUUUGGCUGAUUGCCAAUUGUUCUUUUGGUACACUUUUCAGUAAUGAGAUGGAUACUGAUCAAUUACGGAAUGUAUUUUUAAUUUUAAUCUAAUGUUUUUGGGGGUGAUUUUGUUUAUCUUUGCAGUGGAGGACCUUGUUGUGCUUCUAGAACCCUUGCAUCUCCCAUCCAAACAGUAUGUCUUUGUACCAAUCAAUAACAACUCUGACCCAACCAAAGUUGGGGGUUCACAUUGGUAGGUGUUAAUAAAAUAUGUUUUACAAGAAGUGAGUCAGAUUUUUUUUUUCUUUUCUGACCAAAAUAAAUUCAGAAAUAGUUAUUUUGUAUUCUAUUACACCAAAUAGUUGCAUUCUUAUUAUUACAUAUAAAUAUACAUAAAAUUUUGCCCCAAAUCAUUUUUAAAGUAUAAAAAUCAGAAGAUAUUUUCAACUAAAAUGUUAACUACUUUUGCUGGUAUUUAUGUUUGUGUAUUUUAAAACAUUGUACAUCCUGUAAAAGAAGUUUUAAAAAAUAAUCACCGUUUUUACUUGUUUGAUGUCAAGCUGCCCAAAGUAAUGAAUAAAUAAUGAAUGUUUAUUUGGUUGCUGGUUUGUGAAAUUGAUGUGUUAAUUAGUACUGACAUCAUUAACUUUGACCUCUACAGGAGCCUUAUGGUGUAUGUUAGAAGCAAGCAGGAAUUUCAGCAUUUCGAUGCCCUCAAGGGAAGUAAUCAGCCAGUAGCAAAGAAGUUUGUGGACAAACUACAACCCUUUGUACAUGGUAAGAAUGCAUUACCGUUCAUUUGUGCAAAUAAGUGGUUCAUUAUUUUAACUGUUUUUUAAUGUGUACAUUUUAUCAUGAGAGACUAUUUUUUAACCGUAAACUUGUAUGUUUCAAACAGAUUUUAUUUUAAGAUUUGUAGUAUCUCAAUAAUCAAUAAGGCAACUGACUAAUGUUAUUUUUGCAAAUCAGCCACUUAACUGGUAUGACUGAUCGUUCUUGAUACAAUUGGGCUUCUCGUUUAGAAUUUACAAAAUGGUACAUAACAAUUUUCAACAUUUCUUUUUAAUUAUUAUUCAGCACCAAGAGGAAAGUUAAAGUUUAUUGAAAUGGAUUGUCCACAACAACGUAAUAGUAAGUACUAAUUAAAUUUAAAUGCUUUUUGGGAUGGGCUCUGAUCUUCUUGUCCAGGACAGGACAAGGGUCAUUGCAGACAUUUGACAAGCGCUAGUCCCUAUUCUGGGACAUCAGUUAGUAUUAAGCUGGGCCUCAGCAUAGCUCUAUUAACCUGGUCACAGUCAACAGUAUGAGUAUGAGUUAAAUCAUGAGUAUAAUUUCAAUGUUUAUGAUAAGGAAUAUAAUAAUCAUUUAAUUUUCUGGCUAUGCAAAAAUAAUCAUAAAAUAUUUCUAAUUAUAAAUGAUGAUGUCAAUAAUUGAUGUCUGUUACAGAUUUUGAUUGUGGCAUGUAUGUGAUUGCAAUGACUGAGCACCUCAUCAAAGAGUUCUGUGAGUGUUUUAGUGUUGGUUUGAUAGAAGUGGUCAACCAUGACAUGGUGUUGCAGAAACGCAGACAGAUAGAAAGCUUAAUUCAAGACCUGGCAGCAUCUGACCCCAGCAAUGUGGAGCAUCACUUGUCGUCGUGACAACGACAGCCCGGUAGAAUCUCAGAGAAUCUAGACUGGGAGCGCCUAGGGCUUUGGGUUAUGUGAAACAUUUACCUCAUGCUGUUUGAUAGUUGUGUGUGCCACAGCACAGAGAUGCCUCCAGAAAACACUGGGGGCUAGCUUUGCUGAUACAGCUGUACAUGCCAAAAUAUCCUCCAUUUAUUCAAUCCUAUGUCAUCUACUCCUAAUUUCUGACUUGUAUGGAACAGUUGUAUGUUUACCGUGAUUUAUAUUAUGAUGUAUAUCCAUGGAAUAAUGGCUACUGAACAUUUAUGUUCUAAUAUCAGCUCAUAGACUCUUACCACUGGGUUAUCCUUUCUUUGGACAUGCUAUACAUUUUGAUCAUUUUAUAUUUGCAUGAACCAAUAGCUGAGAAUUUAUAACAAUAUGGAAAUGUUGCUAUAUUUCCAUUCCCAAAUGCCCACUGCCAUUUUGUCUGAUGGAUUUGACAUUGGAAUAUAUAUAUAUAUAUAUAAUAACAUGUAUUUUUUUAAUAAUUUUUUUUCUAUGCAUUUCCUUAGUCAAGAUCUUUUGUUAUCCUGUUUUUACAGAGAUUUAUAAAGAUUUAAAAACUAGAAUUAACUGUCUUAUUCCAGGUUUAUAAUUUCCUAUUGUUGAAGCAGAUCUUAUCAACAUUCACCAACAAACGUGUGACCUGUGACAUAUGCCUCAUUUUCUCAAUCUUCAGUUAAUUCUACAGAAAUAUUUCUAUUUAUGAAUGACUGAACAAUGUGGAAAGAACAGGACUGUGAUGAAUGGAAAAUUGUUGUGGACGGCCUAUGCCCUAGAUGGGGUAAAAAGGCAUAAGAAGAAGAAGAAAGAAGAACAUUGUGUAUAUUUGAGAAAGAUCUUUAGUUACAAAAUGGACGCCCAGUCAUUUACUGUAAAUAACAUUUUCUCAAUCACUGCAUUUACCUCGCUUGUUCCUUUAGCCAGAGAAGGCAAACAUGUCUAAGGAUAUGAUUAAAAAAAUAACCUUAGACUUAAAGGAGCUCCUGUGAUAACAAUAUGUUGUGCUUAGUUAUGUAUAACUUGUAAUUAACUCCACCAAAGAUAGUUGUUGACUUGUGCAGAUGCAAUGAAUGGUGCAAAUGUAAGCAGUUCUACUGCAGCAAUAGAAUUUUUUUUGUUGUUAAAUUGUUCUUAUCCUUCAAUGGAAUGAAAUAAGCUCAAAAUGAGUUUUUUAGAUUAAAGGGACAAUUGCUUAAAUUUUAUUUUUAAGUGAGGCUGACAAAUUUUGUCGCUGUCGUGUGAAGUUUUCUUUGUAGAUGAGUAACAUGAUCAGUUUACGAAGAAACAUGGUGCAAUCUCUUUAUGAACCAUCUAUUAGUAGGUUAAUUAACAAAAGAGAAACGCUUUAAUAAGAAAUGAAAAUAAUAUAUUAACCAAGACAUUUUCAUUAGAGGAAUCUGUCCUAAAGUAAAAACUGGUACAUGUUCAUUUGAAUUACUUGAGUUUUGUCACAUUUAUUUUGCAAAUACUCUUUGUUGUGCCUUAUAAUUUGUUUACAGCGUAAUGAUGUUCAAGUUUUCAUAGCUUGUUAGUGGAUUGCACUGCUAGUAUUUGAUUUCUCAAAUGAGCUCUGUAUUAGUGGAUUGGUUCUCUGUGAUAAAACUCUUAUUGUUAUUGACUUGUCCUUAAAAAUCUUACAAUAAGAACGAAUUUAUUUAUCAUCAGUCUGAGCAAACAUAGUUGCACUGUAGUUGUGAAAAGGAGCUACAAUAGUUGUAUUGCAAGGAUUAAUGACAGUAGUUUUAAUAUUAUUUUGAUAAAGUUGUCAUUGUCUAGCAUUCUGGUAAAAAGAAUCUAAUGAGUCUAGUUGUAUGAAUAAUACAUGAUGUGUGUACCAUUGGUGGCUUUGUGUGAGGGAACAGAGAAGAGUUAGCCUAACUAUAGCUAGGGUUGCUAAAAGUAGCAGCCUGUGAAUUGAAUUCUUGAUCUUUAAAUAUAAAUUAUAAUUGAUGCCUGUUUGGGUAAUUGGCUCAAAUAGAGUAGCCAAAAAUAUUAAAGAUAAGAAGAGAUAAGAUUCUUUUAUUGGUCCAAAUAAAUGGAAAGGUUUUUUUUUUUAUUACAUUGUACAUAUUCAUUUUCAGCACAAAAAUGGCUACAUGUUUUAACAAAGACAACAUUUUACAAUAAAGAACAAUUAAUUUAAACACAAGACAUCUAAUGUAUUUCUCUAGCGCUAUCAUAUACGCCCCAAAAAAUGUGUAAAUUAAUCCCUUAGUGACGAUAAUAACUUAAUUAGGGAUCAUUUAGAUUUGGUAACCUCUAGGGGUGCACACUGGUAGAUUUUUAAAGCAGGCUAAAUUUUACGAUGACAUACAAUUAAAAGGCUAAAAGUUCAAAUUAAAGGUUAAUUUUAAGUUACCGUACAUAAAUAGCGAAGCUGAUUACUUGAGCCACAUUUACUUGUGAGGAUUAUUUCUAGCUCUUUGAUUGUAAAUAUAGACACAGUCCAAUAGCUCAGAGACAGAUGGUUUUAGUCUCCUUUGUAAUUCUGUAACAACAGUGGACAAGUAGUUCUUCAUUUCAGUGUAUUUCCUUUUCAUCUAUUUUAUUUAACCUCAGCCUAUCAGAUUUUGCCUUACAGACUUAAUGUUUUUCGCCAGAGUUUUUAUUUGUUUAUAAAGUACUGCAAUUGAUAUUCCUAAUCCUACUGAUCAAAGAAAAGUGAAGAUUUUUCUACGUCCAUUAUCGCUUAUGUAUUAGCAGUUGUUCGUUUAAAGAUUUUAUUGUGUUAAGAAACCUAGAUUGAAGAAAGAGACAUUUCCAUGCUAUAACAGAAGCUCAUCUCUCGUAUUUUGUUGGUUGAAGAAUGUUUGAUAAGAGAUUAGAUAAAUUCAUUCAGUAAUAUAUCCACUGUAAAAUUUGUAUGAAAAAUAAAGCUAUUGUCAGAAUAAACAAAGCGGUAUCAAACGAUUCAAAGACUAGUGUCAAAAAAAUUUUUUACGGUCUUAUCUUAUUUAAUAUUUUCUGUAAGUGGCGUUCAAAAUAACCCCCUUGGGAAUAUGUCCAGUGAUUCUGGUGCCCCUAUCAGGAGGUUUGCCAGCCGUGACCCUCAUGGUAUUGGUUUGAACAGUACAGUCAGAGCAAAUUCAGUCUCAGAACUUUCUAACGCCACCUUGCAUGUUUGGUGAGUUGGCCACAAUUCUUUAUUUAUACAUAAAUUGCUUGAUUCUGCUCUACCGAGUUAUUGUGGCACAAUAGUGAAACACUAGAUAGAACCAAAUUUUGAAAUAAUAAUAUGUGCCAAGAGUUGUGUCCACAUUUCCUUGUAUUGAGUUGUGAUAUCACCAGUUCUAAUGUUCUUUAUACUAUGUUUUAUUGACUGGCUUUAGAAAUGUGUGCGAUUCCUGAUAUUUGUCAGAGUUCUAAAAACCCAAACAGUUUAAAUGGCGCUUGAUCAUGUGUAUUUUGAGACAUUGACCAUGUUGAGGACACUUGAACUGGAGAUCAACUCUCACGUUUGCUGUACCGGCACGGUCAACUAGCAUCAUCACAGUAUUCUGAUUCAUGAACAAGAACACAUGCAUUGCAGCAGUAGUUGCAGGAUUUAUACAGAGAAACUGAAAGCCUUAUCCAGAUAUUUCAAUCAUAUUUAUCCAGAAAAAAGGCAGACAUGGAUACAAGAGAACUUGUGAUGGUGUCUUUACAUCAAAAUUUGUGGAAAAAAAUUUCUCAUAUUUAGUCAUCUCAUCAAUUUUCAUGAUGUUCUGUGAUUCUUCAUUACAUUAUGCUCUAAUUAAAGCAAAUAGCACUUGCCUAAAUGUCCUAGUAACAAUGGGACAAGUUUUAAUGCUAUAUAUACAAAAAUUCUACUUCUUCAUAGGCUUUAAGAUGGUUUAGAUUAGAAUUGAUUCUAUUACUUUAAUUGGUCUCUGGCACAUUACAGUGCCUUAAUUGAUAAGAUAUUUCUACCCACAUAAAGAUAUUUGAAAAAAACAAAUUAAAUAAUAACAAGAAAGUUUAUUACCAUUUAUAUACAGUUUGGUUGUAUAACUAAGGUUGGAACUGUUGUAAUAGAAAUCAUCCUGCUGGUUUGUUAUGAUUGUUAGACUGUAUAAUGGGAUAUUCAUUUGUUUUACCCAUCAACUUGUCUCUCAUUCCAUUUAUGACAUUGUGACUUGUUUUUAUGGCAUUUCUUUUGUUUGUUAGCUUUAGCUUCCACAGCCUGUCUAGCCUUGCCUAUAAUUGUAGGUGUAGACGUGACCAAAGCUUACUAUUGAAUGCACUUACCUUGUAUAAUUUGCUCAGCCCUGUCUGGCAGCUAUAUGUGUACAGUACCAAUGACUAGAGCAGUGAUUCUCAAUCUUAACUAAAGGACCAUUCUAGAGUUUCUUUUCGCUGUCCAAUAAGGACAUGCACUGUGUAUUUGCUUUGUUCCCCUCUAUAAUACAGAGUUUUAUCCUAUGUAAAAACAAAUUUGAGAACCACUGGUCCAAUAUUAUUAUCAAUGCUUUGUAGUAUUUUUUUUAUUCCUUUGAAUUAUUUAUUGCCUUUCUUCAACUUUUCUUUGCAAAACCUCAACACAUUUAAUUUUUGGGUCUGUAAAAAGUGGGGUUUAAAUUGGUACGCGUGAGGUAGAUUUUUUUUAUAAAUCACAAAGAAGUAUGAUGCUAAAGCUUUAUAAGCAGAUUAUGUUCAAUUCCAAUUUUUAAAUUGUCUUGUAGUUUGUCCCUGGAGUCUUUGUAUUUACACACCUUACCAGUAUUUAUUCGAGCAUAGUUUGCCCAUGCAUGUUCAGCUAUCAUGGUAAUGGAGACCACAUAUCUUUAAAAAUGUUACAAACGCAUAGGAAUAAAAUGAUAGCAGUUUGUGAACUGAUAUUGCCAAAGUAUUGAGGCAAAUGUUUGCACUAGACUUGUUAAAAAAAAUUGUACACGGCAUGUUUGUACAGUGUGGCAUGUCCAUUGUUAAAAUGUUAACCUUCUGGUAAAGCUCACUCUGUCAUUAUUUCUGUGGUUUCUUUUUGACAUUCAAUGGAAUCCAAUUGUGGGAAAUAUUCAUUCAGCCAAGGGGUUCCUGUGUUUCCAUCUAUCAUCUAUGAACUUGUACCUUGAUGCAGUUUUUUCUUGUUAAAACUGUUGUAAUGAAGCAAGAGAUUUGUUAUGUUUGUGAUACAUUUGGAAAGUGCUAAUUUUUUAAUGUUUUGAACUAGCAUUAGAAAAAAUUGCACUGGUAACAUAAGCUUGUACAUUGAUCCUUUUUACUGUGACACUUGGUCUGCCAGUGUGUGGGUCGUCCAUCAGUCACGAGACCUCAGUGUUUUAUCUAGGAUCUGGUCCAGCAUGCAUGCUUGUUUGGUUAAGGCCAUCUGAGAAUGUUAUGUUGAUGUGAGGGGAAGAGCCCUGCCUUAUAUAAAUAGUGUUGAAAUUUUAAUUUUAUAAGAAAGAAAAAGCUAUUGAAACUAGGUACGAGCCCCAAUAGGAAAUGGGUGUAAAUAUGAUGAAAUUCCCUUUGGUUCAAGGUGAAUCAUUUCAAUAAAUCUGGUUAAAUAAAGCAAAGUAAAUGAAUUUUUUUAAGUAAGACUGAUGGAUGCGUCCUGGUGAAUGGUUUUAAUUUAGAAUGUCAAGUGGGUUUUAUUUUGGUGUGUUGGUCAUGUCGGUACUUAAAUAACACCUUCAAUCUGUUUAAAGCAAACAAGAGCAAUUAUUACCUGCUAAAUAUUAAUAGCAAUUUAUUUUCUCAAGGAAAGAUGUGCCUGUAUGUUUAUUUACUAUAUAUAUAUUUAUAUGCAUCAUUGAUAGCGAUUUAUUUUAGUAUUGUUUUAAGUAUUUUACCAUCUUGGGAUAUAACUUAGUAUUUUCUUUAGCAAUUUUUACCUUAAGUGAAAAUUGUAAAAAUUAAUCAUGCUCUUGGUUAAAUAGGAGACACUAUACUUUUUUAAAGACUUUGUUUUGUCUCCCAUUUCCAUCCUGUGCAGAAAAUAUUUUCUAAAAUUAAUAAAAUUUAAACAUUUAAGUUUCGUCUACAUUCAAUUCAAAUCCUUUGGCUUCAAAGAGUAUUCAUCUACACUUCUGCACAGUCUUUCUUUGUAUAAUGCAAUUUAAGAAAUUUUAAAUUAUUUUCUACUUUUUAGUUCACCUUAGAAUUGAUAUAAAGUCUUUUUUUUAAAAGUUUUUCAAAAUAUUUUUAUAAAAAGAUUCAUGUAUCAUUCAGGAUAUGCUGACAGUAAGUUUAUUUUAUUCAUAUCUUUUGAACUCAACACUAAAGUUGCAGUGGCUCUCUGCUUUUAGUCCAUGACAACAUUUUUAAUGGUCACCAUGAGAAUAUGGUGUAAUAAUUAAAAAUUGUUUGAAAUUGUACUACAAAUUAUACUUAAAAACAGAAUGAAGAGAAUAAUUUAAUUUUUACACUUUGAGAAUCACUGUUUUCAGGGUGGUCUAUUUUUAUCUUGAUUCCUGGACCUUAAUUAUUAAAUGUCAGACAUCAAUCAUUACACUAUAGAAGAAAGUCAUUAAAUGAGCCAUACAGUUUCAAAUCUAUACUCUGUCUAAUGAUUGCUGGGCUUCUCAUUUGAUGGGAUGGAAACAAGGUCACUCCCUAGUGUUGAUAAAUGUUUCCAUCCAAAGGGGUGUGGCAGAGCAAAGGUCAAGCAUUUCUUACAUCAAGGGACAUUAGUGAACUUUUGAACAGAAAUCUUAUGCCUUUUAGAUAAUAGCAAAAAGGGAACUAUCAUUGAUAUGUAAUUUUAGUUAAGAUAACUCACUUUUGCUGUUAAAUCAAUUGUUCACUUAUCUUGCAUCCCACAAUGUGCCUUGUAAACAUUUGAGAUUCUGAAGUAAGAUGACAACACAUCUGAUGCUCUUGGUUUUUUUUGUCAAGCCAAGCAAGUCAUUGACCAUUUCCAGAGAGAAGCUUCUCCACACCAAGCUUGCAAUAACUCUGACUUAAGGUCCAGCUCUGACUUGAGCCAUGUGUGAGUGUAGACACUUAGCUAUGAGUGGUUUUGUUUUGUUGAUAACACUUGUAUUAUGAUUUGGUGUAUUUUGCUGAUAUUAACUGGAGACCUGUACUAAUAAUCAGAUAGUUGGAGUCCAGGAUACUAGCACUGGGGGAAUUCACUUUACUUUAUGUUGAUUGGUUUCUCUGGGUGCAGUAGUGGCUAAAGUGAACUCCUAAAGCAGUGUCCUGGCAGCUGGUAGAAAAGUCUGGACAUAUAUAUAUAUAUAUAUAUACAUGACUUGUCUGCCUAUACUCAUCAUUAAUUGUUGACUACAGCAGACUAUUCAUAAUAUUGCUUGAAUGCUAAUUAAAACAAUACAUACAUUAAUAAAUUUUUAAAAUUCUAAAUUUGAUAUUUUCUGUUUGGUCUUUUGUUUAAUGCAUGUUUUCUGUAUAGAAUCCUCGAGCCAAG